GGGGCAAAGCCUAUGACUAAAGCCAGGGUCCAAGCCCGAGGCUCACUCGAGUGCGUCGUCCCCACGUCAGGUUUUUCUACCCGUUCCUUCCCUUUCCCGUGCUUUUCUGAAGCCCCCUUUCACUGCGUUUCUGUCUCGUGUCCAUCCUUGACUUCACCAGUGGCUGGAUCUGCUGGGGGGUUGCCCCGCGACAGAGACCAGAGUUGCAUCCUCUAGCGGCCGGUGGCAAGGAUGCCUUUGUCUCCCAGUCUCUGUCUUCGGCUCGAACAGCGCACAGCUUGCAGGUAAAAAUUCACGUCUGGACUAGCCCUGCCCGCCACAGGACCCGAAGUCUUAAAGGAAAGCCAGGAUUCGGCGCUCGGGCGCAACAACACACUCGAAGAUCGUGUAGAGGCCGCGUGGGAACCAACGAGGGCGCGACGACCGUCACUGCGCAGGCGUCAAUCUUCCCUUCUAGACACUGCAAUUCCCAUAAGGCCAUGCAGUGUCUUCGGCGCCGCUAAAGCCCAGGAGCUUCGCUCGCUCCGAGAGGGCUCGGGACCUCUCGCCGAACUGCAUUAUGGAAUACAUAGUCUAACAGAAAACGUCUUCGGGCAUAAAUUCUCGACCAAGCUCACGUGUUUACCUUGUGCACUGGCGGCGGCGGCUGGGGUGGGGGUGAAGCAUCAAUGAAGAGUGGCUACCAGGUUUCGUCAUAAAACCGCGACAAGACGGGCGGCGCCAUCUUCGAACUUGGACUUCCGGAAGGACUUUGGUGAGGGGGCUGCCAUUUUAGGGGGUGCUGAUGGAUACCUGCGGGGUCGGCUGUGUUGCCCUGGGGGAGGCCGGCCCCGUGGGGAACAUGACUGUAGUAGAUUCUCCUGGACAAGAGGUGCUAAACCAGCUUGAUGUCAAGACCUCUUCAGAAACAGCUAGUACGGAGACUUCCAUAGAGAUGUCUUUACCUGGAUUUGAGGAUUCUCCUGAUGAGAGGAAGCUCCCUCCAGAACAGGAAAGCCUCUCCAGGCUGGAACAGCAAGAUCUUUCUUCAGAGAUGUCAAAGGUCUCAAAGCCUAGGGCCUCAAAGCCUGGCCGGAAGAGAGGUGGUAGGACACGGAAAGGCUCAAAAAGACCCCAACAACAGCCUCAUCCUCCAUCAGCCCCUCUGGUUCCUGGUCUCUUAGAUCAAUCCAACCCUCUAUCUGCUCCCGUGCCUAAGAAAAGAGGUCGGAAGUCCAAGGCAGAGCUGCUCCUGCUGAAGUUGUCAAAAGGCGUAGAUCAGCCAAAGUCGCCACCUCCAAAGAGGCCCCCUGAGGACUUUGAAACCCCGCCUGGGGAACGACCCCGCCGAAGGGCUGCCCAAGUGGCGCUUAUGUAUCUUCAGGAACUGGCUGACGAGCUCUCAACAACCCUGCCUACUCCAGUGCCCUGUCCUGAGAGCCCCAAGGAGAGCAGCCCCACCGAACCAGAGAAAACCCAGGAACAGGCAGACUGUCAAGGUGGAGAAGAAGAGGCUGACACUGCACCAGAUGAAGACUUUGUUUUCCAGGUUGAGACUGAAGAUGAAGAAGAAAGUGAGGAGGCCUCAAGUGAGAGCUCAUCUGACCCCGAGCCUCCCAUGCCCCGAGGAUCCGCUGCAGUGAAGCAGAAGCCGCACUGCCGGGGUGUGGCUCCCAAUGGCUUACCAAAUUACAUCAUGGCUCCCAUUUGGAAGUGCCUCCAUCUCACCAAGGACAUCCGAGAACAGAAGCAUUCAUACUGGGAGUUUACAGACUGGAUUCCUUUAGCCUGGAAGUGGCGCUUGUUGUCUGAACUUGAGGCAGCUCCGUAUCUGCCCCAAGAGGAAAAGUCUCCACUGUUUUCUGUACAACGUGAAGGACUUCCCGAAGACGGCACACUCUACCGAAUAAACAGAUUUAGCUCGGUCACAGCCCACCCAGAGCGCUUGGAUGUGUCCUUCUUCACAGGGGGACCUCUCUGGGCUCUGGAUUGGUGCCCAGUGCCAGAGGGGGCAGCAGCCUCACAGUAUGUGGCCCUUUACUCCAGCCCUGACAUGAAUGAGACACACACACUGAGCCAGCUUCAUUCGGGUCCCGGGCUGCUCCAGCUCUGGGGCCUUGGGACCUUGCAACAAGAAAGCUGUCCUGGCAGUAGGGCCCACUUUGUCUAUGGCAUUGCUUGUGACAACGGCUGCAUCUGGGACCUCAAGUUCUGCCCCAGUGGAGCAUGGGAACUUCCAAGCACCCCUCGGAAGGCUCCUCUGCUUUCUCGUUUGGGUCUCUUGGCUCUUGCCUGCUCAGACGGGAAUGUGCUGCUGUUCAGUCUGCCCCAUCCUGAGGCCCUGCUAGCUGAGCAGCCCCCAGAUUCAACGAAGCCUGCCAUCUAUAAGGUACAACCUGUAGCAACCCUUCAGGUGGGGUCUGUGCAAGCUUCAGACCCCUCUGAAUGUGGUCAGUGCCUUAGCCUGGCCUGGAUGCCCACCCGGCCCCACCACCACCUGGCUGCUGGAUACUAUAAUGGCAUGGUGGUUUUCUGGAACCUUCCCACUAACUCUCCCCUACAGCGGAUACGGCUCUCUGAUGGCUCUUUAAAGCUCUACCCCUUCCAGUGUUUCCUAGCCCAUGACCAGGCCGUGCGUACCCUUCAAUGGUGCAAAGCUAACAGUCAUUUCAUAGUCUCUGCAGGGAGUGACCGGAAAAUCAAAUUCUGGGACCUUCGACGACCUUAUGAACCAAUAAACUCUAUCAAGCGCUUCCUGAGUACAGAGCUGGCCUGGCUGCUCCCCUACAAUGGUGUCACUGUGGCUCAGGAUAACUGCUAUGCCUCUUAUGGACUCUGUGGGAUUCAUUAUAUUGAUGCUGGUUACCUUGGUUUCAAGGCCUACUUCACUGCUCCUCGAAAAGGCACUGUCUGGAGUCUUUCAGGAUCCGACUGGCUUGGGACAAUAGCUGCAGGAGAUAUAUCCGGGGAGCUCAUUGCAGCUAUAUUACCUGAUAUGGCACUGAACCCAGUAAAUGUCAAGCGAUCUGUAGAGCGAAGAUUCCCUAUAUAUAAAGCAGAUCUGAUGCCAUAUAAGUACAGUUCUGAAGAUCAAGACCUCCCUUCAGCUUCAUCUGGGACUCCCAACCCUCCCAAGGCUCGAACUUAUGCUGAAACUGUCAACCAUCACUACUUGCUUUUUCAAGACACAGAUUUGGGUUCAUUCCAUGAUCUGCUCCAAAGAGAACCAAUGCUACGCAUGCAGGAGGAAGAGGGGCAUUCACUGCUCUGCCUGGACAGGCUGCAGCUGGAGGCUAUUCAUAAGGUACGUUUCAGCCCAAACCUGGACUCCUAUGGAUGGCUGGUAUCUGGGGGACAGUCAGGGCUGGUUCGGAUCCAUUUUGUCCGUGGACUCACCUGCCCACUGGGCCACCGUAUGCAGCUUGAAAGCCAAGCCCACUUCAGUGCUGUGUUCCAACCACCCUCCCCUACUCAAGAGCCUGACUUCCCUCCACCCAGCCAUCGCAUUCUGCCUUUUCCCUAGUUGUGGUCCACACAGGACCCUUGGAAUGAAGUCUGCCAACAACAAAUGGCCCCAUGCACAGGCCAUAGGAACCAGGGCCUUCCUGGACAGUGAGGCUGCCAGGCCUGGACCUUUAGACCUGCCUCCCCAGGACUCCUUAGAUACUUCUCCUUCCACAGACUUCUCCUGUUAUCACAGCCCUCUGCGGGCAGGGGGGCUCGCCCUCCACAAACUCUUAAGGCUCCUUAGCCUAAAACUAUGGCUCAUGAGAAACACUUAGGCCUCACCUAGGCUUGGGAGUCAAAUUGCUCAUAUUGAGCAUAUUGUGAAGUGGGUAAACCUAAGUAAAGGUACUGGGUGUUUUUGAGACCACGUGAGUGGGUGUUUGGAGAACUGGAAAGGGUAUCUGUAUGAAGGCUCCUGUCUGACUAUAUUCCAGGAUCCAAUAUUAUUGCCUUCCCAGCUUCCUCUUUAGAGUAACCAACACGCAGGCCCAUGAAGGGGUGAUAGUAAUUUAUUGGACUAAAGUUGCUUAUACUGGUUCUUUAAGGAACACCACAAACACCCUACCAGUAAAACAGUGGUUCAGAUCUUGCUCCUGCUUAUGAAAUAUUCCUGAUCACUGGUCAUCUGACCCUACUUGAACACUCCUAGUCAUGUUUUAAAACAUCUUCCUUUAUAUCAAGUCAGAGAGUAUUCCUCUAUAGAUUUUACCAUGGGUAUUAGGAAAUCUAGUCAUUCUUCCCUGUGAUUGCCCUUUUAAGUAGUUAAAAAUAGCUAUCGUGUUUCCUCAAAUUUUUCUCCUCUAGAUUAAACAUCUUCAGUUACUUUAACCAUUCUUUACACGUCAUGGUUUUUGAUCCUUCAUGAUACUGUCACAUUGUUGACUUAUUAAACAUGUUCAGCUACUUUA